CUGUCUCUUUGCCAUAUAUCAGAUUUUCUCUUCCCCUUGAGUCACGUCUGACCGAUCCGCGUCUCUACUCUGCAGUUAGAUUAGCUUUGAACGGCAUUUACACUGCAAUGCUAUUAGCAAAGAGGCUGUUUGUCUUUCUGUUAUUUAUUGUGGCUGCGAGCUUCGCCUCCGCUGACAAGGUGACAACAGCCACAGUGUACUGGGACCCCCAACACAAGGCCGUCCUGCUGAAGGAAGGGGUGCUGGAGACGGAAGGGGAUGCAUACGGUUAUCUGAAUGACACCCUGUCACGUACAGGCUGGAGUGUCCUAGAGAUCCGUGCCGGGUAUGGGAAGACCCCUGAAACUGAUGAGUUGACUUUCUUCCUGGCUGGCUACCUCGAAGGCUUCCUCACGGCCCAGCAGAUGAUAGACCACUAUGCCAACAUGUAUCCGCAGCUGAUCCACGACCCAAAGAUCCUCGGCCCACUUCAGAGUUUCAUGACGAAGCAGGACUCAUGGACCAGAGAGCAGGUAAAACUGAACAAGAGCUUGGAUCCUCUGUGGAAACACGCAGGCUUCAUCGUGGCUCAGAUGGAUGGGCUGCAAGCAGGAGUCGCACACUGGGCAAAGAAACAGGGACAAAAGCCACUGUCCCUGUUUGCCGUCCAGUUCCUGAAUGCAGUGGGAGACCUGCUGGAUCUGAUCCCAGCCUUGGUCCCCACCUCCAACCCUCUCCUCAGAAACUUCAAACUUCCUGGCAUGAGUCAUUGCUCUGCUCUCAUCAAGAUGCUGCCCGGCUUUGAGAACCUCUUGUUUGCCCACUCCAGCUGGUACACGUAUGCUGCUACAAUGCGGAUCUACAAGCACUGGGAUUUCCACAUCACUGAGCCCCACACAGCCACCGGGAAACUAUCCUUCAGCAGCUACCCUGGUUUCCUUGUGUCUCUGGAUGACUUCUACCUCUUGGGCAGUGGUCUGAUGAUGACCCAGACCACCAACAACGUCUUUAACGCCUCCCUUUUUGACACGGUUACCCCCAACAGCCUCCUGGCGUGGCAGAGGGUCAGGCUGGCGCACAGUUUGGCAAAUACUGGAGAAGAGUGGGCACAAACAUUCUCCAAGCACAACUAUGGCACCUACAACAACCAGUACAUGGUGUUGGACAGGAGCAAAGUGAAGCUGGGCCACAGUGUUGAUGACGGCGCUCUGACGGUGGUGGAGCAGAUCCCUGGGCUGGUGGAGUACUCUGACCAGACACAGGCUCUGCGCAGAGGUUACUGGCCGUCCUACAACGUUCCUUUCCACCACAAGAUCUACAAGCUGAGUGGUUAUGAAGAAAUGUGGGAUAAGUUUGGAGAAGACUUCUCCUACGAUCUCUGUCCCAGAGCCAAGAUCUUCCGCCGGGACCAGGCUAACGUCAAGGACCUGAACUCUUUGAAGCACAUCAUGAGGUCUAAUGACUACAAGAAGGAUCCAUACUCCAAGGGAGACCCCUGCAAGACCAUCUGCUGCCGUGGCGACCUGAGAGCAGACAAGCCUACACCAGGAGGUUGCUAUGACACCAAGGUGACAGAUUUCCUCAUGGCCGGGGACUUCCGUGCAGAGGCAGUGAACGGGCCAACGACACAGGACGGACUCCCGCCGUUCUUUUGGGAUAAAUUCAGCACCAUCAGCCACCAGGGUCUGCCGCAGUACUACAACUUUACCUUCAUCAGGAUGCAGCCUCUUCUCUUCAAGCCAUGAGGUGUGCUUGUGUUUGUGUGAGUGAGACUGUCGGUUUGAUGCUUUCAGAGUAGGGAAUGAUGAGAGUUCAAGGUACAAUCUGAUGUUUCUUUUGUGAUUCACACAUCUAUUUACACACUGAUGUUUUGGGUUUUAAUUAUUGCUCAAAGUUACAACCUCUAAGACCUCCAUGUCCUUCUCUUUUGCGGCAGCCAUGGCAAUAAGCGUUAACUGCAGGUGUGUUUGUUACAAAUACAAACGUUGUGCGCUUUUUGUAAUUGUUCUCAGCAAUGUCGCACAUAGACGCCCAGUUUGUAAUACUGCCAGUGCAAAGGCUUUCAUCACUGGUCCAUAGGCUCAAUCACUAUUGACUUAAGAGACAUUUAUUUAAAUGAAAAUCUCUGAGAACAUUUUAAUGUUCAGAAUUGCGUCCCAAGAAAUGCUUUUUGAAUAACAGUACCUCCUUCCACCUGAUAAAAUGCAGGAUGUUAAAGUGCCAAUCAAAUUUAAACGUAGUAUUUUAUGUCUCGUAUAUGUCUUGUGAUUUUCUAUUUGGAAUACAGUCGAAACCAGUCGAGUGUUUUUUUUAUACUUGCAGCCAUUUGUGCCUUGAACACUGAGAGCAACUUAUUAAUUUUAUAAAAUGCAGAAUGAAUGCAAUAAAUUAGUGAAAAUAUGUCUUUUUUUAAAUGCUUGAAUGUCUUUAUACAUGCAAACCAUCAUUUCAAUGGUAAAUUAAUAAAUCACAGGGCUGUGAUCUUCUCUAGUGCUGUUAUUCAUAUGCUUCUAUUUCUUACUUCUGUGCAGAAUGAAAAUAUCUCAGGUUGAUAUAUUUAUUACACAAAUGUGUUUCUUAUGUAAUAUGUGUAAUACUGCACAUCUGUAUCAUGCCAUCAUUUCAUGUGUUAAUUGUUUAUUAAAGUUUUACAGUUGUACCAGCA